AUGGUUCGAAUUUUGAGAAAGUCAGCUGAUUAUUUCCUCAAUAGCCUGAGAGGACUUGAUAUGUAUCCAAAGACUAUAAAGUUUACUUAUAAAGGACAAGAAGAGUACAAAACACUUCUUGGAGGAUUGGUUUCCUUGGCGAUAAAUGUUGUAAUUUUGAUUUACGCUUGGAUGUUGUUCACUAUCAUGGUUUCAAACAAGAAUAGUUCAAAAAGCAUCAAUACUUCGGUAAAGAAUCUCAGAGAGGAUACUGAAACAAUAGACCUCAAGGAAUCUCCAAUGAGCUUUGCCUUCGCUGUAUUCAAGUCUGAUGCUGCAAUUGAUGUUACUGCGUUUCAAAAUUAUUUCACUGUGGAAGUUAUCAAAUACAACAAAACCAAGACCCAAGCUUCUGUAACUCCUGAGCAAAUAUCUUAUUCUGUGUGAGGAAGUAAUUUCAGCUACAAGAAUCAGACAGAGGUGAACUUACUCGGUAUUCAAAACUAUUUCUGCCCUAAUAGUAAUAACUUUGGGGUUCUUGGAAAUGGAUUUUCUGAUGCUUAUCAGUACUAUGAAAUCAACUUAGUCAAAUGAAACUCUGCAACCAGCACAGUUACAUGUGAGACUGAUGCUGAUAUCAACACUUAUCUAGCAGAUGUCCAGCUAGGAGUCUAUGUUGUCAACUCAUAUUUCGAUUUUGAUGAAUACGACAAUGACCCUGUAAAGACUUAUAUCGAUGACAGAUUCUUUUAUGAUGCCUUACCUGGGCAGGUGAAGACCUCAUUCCUGAAUAUACAAAAAAAUGAGGUUGAGACUCAGGAUAACUACUUUGCUUACAAGCCAGGGGGAAGCAAGAAAGAUAUCUAUGAGAUACAGAGAGUUGAUAAUAGAAUAUCUGCAGAAAAUGCUACUCCAACUAAUGUCAUAAGCGUGAGAUUUAUUAAAGACCCAUUCUCAAAGUCCUAUGACCGUGGAGUCAUCACAGUCCUUGAGGUCAUCGGAAAUGUAGGAGGACUCAUGGGAAUAUUCGUUGUUGGAGGAGGGCUUAUAGUUAACUUUUUCUCAGACAAAUUAUUCUUCUAUUCCUUCUUUUCUAAGAUGUAUGAAGUUGAAGAAACUAACGAGGAAGCUAAUGAUUAUAAGGAAUCUUCCAAUAAAGUUUCAGAUCAUAGGCAUAACGAUAUCAGCAUGAACAAUGAUCCUAUUACAGAAACAAGGAUGAACGGAUCAGAAAAAGAAGAGCUUGCUGAGAAUGCAAAGCAAGCCAUGAUAAGAAGAUCAAAGUAUAACUGGAAAAUAACAGAUCUUUUAUAUAAUACUAUUGGUAUAUUUUCCUUGUGAUUCCGUUGCUGCAUAAAUAAGAAAAAUAAGAUGAAUAUACAGCAAAGACUUAAGCUCUAUGAACUUGGAGAACAAAGAUACACUGAGGAGUUUGAUGCGAUCGAGUUUUCUAAAAAUAUGAGAAGGUUGGACACUCUAAUGGCUUCAUUGUUAAGCAAGAAUGAAAGAUUCCUUGUUGAGCAUCAAAAAUCAAGCGUACUUAUAUUAGAUGAAAUUGAAAAAGAAAACAAUGAAGAUCUGAAUAUCCCAAAGCUAUUCACAAAAGACAUCUCCAAAAAGUUCUAUAACGCAAAAAUCGCAGCCCUCAUAGAUUCCAUCAAGGAUUACGAUUGGAAAGAGCGUGACUACCACUUAAUCCACGGAAUCUGCUCCACCAAACCCUACACACCUCAAUCCCCUCUCCAAUUCCACCACGACUCCCUCGAGAACUGCGGUAUCUCCCACAGCCAUUCUCCAAACCUCAAGCUACCUAAGUCAGGCAUGCCUCCUGAAGAAGAAGCCAAGGUUUCAACUGAGACUAUGAAGAUGCCUUUUAGUGCGAAGAUUAAGCAAAUAGGGUUUUAGAGGAGCUCAAAGUGGUGGUAGUA